GUUCGCCUUUUUUUUUUUAUUAGAGGCGGAGGGGAACGGGAUUGUAAUGGGACUAUGAAUCCACGGGUAACGUUACCGUUUGGUACCAUUAUCUUUGGUUUCUUAUCGCAUUCCUGCUACAUUAACAAAGUAAGUCAGAGUGUCUCAUUGUAUGUAUGUACCAAGAUCAUAAGCUAUCUUUUUUUUUUUUUGUUCGCAUUGGGAAGACGAUCAUUGUGUCAUUACAGCAUCGUCUACGGUUCUUCAACUUUCAUCUUCCCCCUCCGUGACACCUCAUAUGCGCCCACCCUCGUCCUGCGUGAAACUAUCGAAAAUCGGAAUAUUCUGCACGGGCGAACCAAAGCUUACACAAAGAUUUUCCUUACUGUCCGCCGCCAACUUUUCGUUUCUUUUCCCUCUCGUACAACUGAACCACUUGCCACGUCAAUUGUUGCCCAACUCAAGAUUCAUACCAAGUGAAUCAUUCAGUACAGCCAAACUACUUAGCCCAAAUCCAUACCGACUAAGGCAACAAGACCAGGUUCGUUCAGCAUGGCGGCCAAGCGCUCCCGAGAUAUUGAUGCAAAGUCCGAAGAACAACGCACAACUGAACCACCAGUAAAGAAGAAGAAGGGAUUUUCUGUGGGACCUGCAAACCUGCCUGAUGGUACCUAUCGCCGGAAAACCCAGAAAAUCAAAGCCGACCUGAUUCAGAAGGCCAAAGUUAAAAAAGCCUACGCCAAAGUGAGAGCCGAAGAGCUCGCCGCUGCCCCCCGCAAGUCAGUCUACGAAUUAGCAGAGGAAAAUGCUGGGAAGGAUGGUAAUGCGCCAGAGGCAGAGCCUGCCUCGCUGGAGUUGCACCCGGACCGACAGGCGAUGUUAGAUCAGCCAGCGCCUGAGAGAACCCCCCGCCCCGAGCGAGCUAGAAAUCAAGAUGGCGAAGGUCGCCGGAAACGGAAGCCUAAGCCGUCCGCUUUUGCGAAAGAGAUGGAGCUUGCAGAGAAGCGCAGACAGGAGGCGCAAAAGCGACAGGAGGAGCGCGACUUCAGGCAAAAGGAUCGCGAGGCAAUGGCUAAGGCUAGACGACCAGACCAGCAUGGGAAGAGGAGAUUAGGUCGCGAAAGUAACGUGUUGCUGAGCCGGGUGCAACGGAUGGUCGGCCAGAAGUAGAAGAGGGGAGCUAUUCAAAUGGGACAUGAUGAUGGUUCAAAAGUUUUUUAUUUAAAAAUGAUACCCACUGG